AAAAUGUCGGCCCCCUGGAUCGCCCUAGACCCUCGCUGGCUGCGCCCACUCCUCACCCUCGCAUUUCUGACGACGCUCAUUCACGCACAAUGCGAACUGCCGGCGCACUGGCGGGGAGGCUGGUUCCAGAGCGGCGCCAGGGAGGUCAUUUCCAUCACCAGGGCAGAGUUCUCCUCGAAAGGCCUCUGUCUCAAGUCCUCCGGCGAGAAGUUCCUCUUCAAAGACAGAACGGAAGGAUGUUUCCGAUGUGUCGUGAUAAGCGAAAAACACCCUAAUAUCCUUCAGUACAAAGAAACUCUAUGUGAGAACAUCAACGACCUGGCAGAGCUGUGCGCGCUGAUCACUGGCGAUGCUCUACUCUACUCGAUGUUUCGCCGCGACGCCCGCCCUGUGCCCUGCCAGUUCAAGGGCCCGCUGACCUUCGGGUACCAGAGGGGGCAUGGGCAGUGCAACUCGCCCGCCUCGACCAUCGACUCCUGCACGAGUGAGAGUCGACUGCUCUUCAAGUACCAGGCGUGUCCGGAUGUUCAGGGCACGGAGAGUUCGGUGCAGGAGGUCGAGUGCAUCGGCCAUUGGAAGGAGGGCUCGACGCGAUACUUCGUGGGGCGUCUCGAAGGGCGUCGCGCUGACGAGGACCGCUACCGUUGCUUCGCGUGGGAGAGGGCGAGGGAGGCCGACAGCCGCGUCGAUUAUCACAUGGCACUCUCGGGGGAUGCCACGUGCAACGGCGUCUUCUCCGCUCACGAUGGGUCGACGACGCUCAAGAUCAAGAAAGCAGGCAGUUACAGCGGGUGCGAGUUUCCCUCUUGGGUGACGGGCCACCGCCGCUGGCACGCCCUCGACAAGGGUGCCUCCUACUCCGUGGCCCAUCACAACACCACACUCAAGCUGCACCACGCCCACACGUCCCGCGCCCAACCCACGCCCCUAGGACUCACUGAUCAGGAAGCGGACAAGCACCCCACCCUCGACGCCCUCAUACCAACAGAGUGA